GGCAAUUACUCCUGCAAACAAUGUUCUCAUUUAAGAAAUCCAAAGAUGUCACGGUUGCUUAAAGAUGCAUGCACUUUUUAAUUAGGUAAUGGUCCUUGCCACCCGGCGCUGGUUGUGGCCAGAUGGUAAGUUAUCACUGGUUUGUAACGCCUGCUUUCAGUGAUAGAGCAGCCAAAGUUAAUUGGAAUGUCAUUAAAGUUUGAGUUACUGGGGGUUGGGGCUGGACUGCACUAGUCCUGCUGUUGGAGAUGUGCGUUUCAUUAAUAGUAAUGGAUGUUUGGAUGGAGUAAUAAGGGUGGGGCUCCACCUGCUGCCACCUGUUAAUACUCUAUAUAAGCAUCACUCAUCCUUAUGGCAGAACAGAAACGCUUAACAACCAUCCGGAAUUACAUCCCAAGAACAACGCUGCCAUUUUUGGAGACUUUUUUUGAGGAGCCAUGAAGCCCCGCAGGCCGAGCUGUGCAGAUUCAGGGUCUGAUUCUGACUCCAGAGACCCGGAGAAGUUUGAGAGUGCCAUGCGCCGCAGGAUGGCAGCCAAUGCUAGAGAAAGAAAGAGGAUGCAAGGCCUGAACACGGCAUUCGACCGGCUUCGGAAAGUGGUUCCUCAGUGGGGUCAAGACAAGAAGCUGUCCAAAUACGAGACCCUACAGAUGGCUCUGAGCUACAUCAUGGCCCUCAAUCGGAUCUUGAGUGACGCCGGGAGACACGUGGAUCCUCAGAAAGACUGGCUUAAUUUACAGUUUGACGGCCUACAGACUGAGGGAUAUUUUAUGCACUAUGAUUCACCUGUGGAAAAUGACUGCAUGCUUUCUUCUUUCUCCUACCACUACGAAAGCCUCUGAACUGACUGACUGAUGGAGCAUUUACUGUGUCUUUCUUUAUGUGGAUACAGGAGGGUGUAAAUAUGUUUGUAUUACUAUGUAAUAUUUUAUGUUCAUGCUUUAAUGGAGUCUGAAUCAUUCUAGUGGUAAACAGGGUGUGGAAAAAGUACGUUUUUUGCGCAAUUGUAGAAAAUCUUCCAUUGGGCAGGUUGUCAACGAUGACUUAAAAGCGCAUUUGUUUAUGAAUCAGAUGUUCAUAUUUUAUUUGGAUUGCUUUGUAUCAAAUCUUUGUGAUUAGUGUGUGCUCAGCUCAAAGUUGAGAGCUGAAUAUCAUACACUGUGAUGUGUUCUUUGCCAUUGCAUUUUCUUGUUGUGUUUUGGUUAUAAACUCAAUGAG